AGCCCAGAAGGCUUCAACUCUAGCCCGUCGGCAGGGGCGUUUAGAUACCUUUCUGAACCCGGGUGUGUGAAUGUGAAUCUGUUGCGUUGUGUGAGCGACCGGUCUUUGUGAUGAGAUUGAUGAGUAAAGCAAACAGGAAUAAUGAAGUGCAAUUUUCGUUACCUGAUGAUGGUGCUUUGGGGGCUGUUGAUGGAGCUGCUCGGAUUCACCGGACGACCGAUGGCAGUGGCUGGAUACAGCAGUGAUCCGCAUCUGUUUGAGAAUAGAGACGGUUACAUAAUAGGCAACUAUCUGCACGCGUCCGAACAGGACAUACGGGACUUUUUCUGGACCGGUUCGGGCGAUGGGCCCUCGGCACUUAAUCCCUUUGACCGGUUUCCAAUCAGUGAAGAUGCAAUCAUUAAGACGGCAACCGUUGUGGCCACGGUGUACAUCGACCGAAGCAAUGGCGGGACUGGCGGUGGAGGAGAUGAGCUGUGCAUCUUCGAUUGUCCUCCGGGCGAUGUGGACCAGACGAUUGAUAACGUUACUCCGACGGAUCGGAGGUUCUGGCUGAUGACGGUCAUUGGAGGCCUGUUCGGCAAGAAGGAUUAUCCGGAACUGGAAGGCAAACUGGCCAAACUGUACCGGGUGGCUUUUACCAGACAACAAGCAUUACAUCUCGGUAUCAACAACAACACACUUCACAUGCAAUCGUCACCAGCGAGAGAAGAGGAAACUGCCACUAAGUAUCGAAUCAGAAGAAGCAUUCCAUCGAGUCGUCCCCAGGAACUCAGGACGAGCGACCGUGGCCGAGUGGUAGGGGUGAGCUUCGCCGAUGGGAGGAAUCGGACGUCAACAAUGACGGUAGUAGCAUCAAGUGGCAAACGUAAGCCGCCCGAAGGUAGGAAUGUUCUAGUGAAUGACCAGGUCUACAAGUAUGAACGAUACCGGAGAAGGCGUAGGAAAAAGGUGCACAAACGAGAUACGGACGAUGGAUCCGGCGAUGGGGGCGCCGGUCAGCAGGUGGUGGUCGUAUCCGAGCAGGGCCUCGCUGAGAACGAGCACAUCCAGAAGCUUCAGCAAGCUCCCGACAAUGGCGAUGGAACGACACCACUUACACGUUAUUAUGACAAGGAUGCCUACUCGAGCAGUAGCGGCGGCAGUGGCGGCAACAGCAAGCGUCAAGUACGUAUUUUGAUACACAAUACCACCCACUUGCGGGAGGGCGACAGCGACGAGGACUCAUCGGCAGAUGCCGCAGACUCGGCUGGAUCAAAUCAAUUACUGAACCAAACGGAAAUCAUCUAUUCGGUGUUCGUCGGAGGCCAACCGGUGCUGGCCACCACGGCAGCCGAAGAUAUGAAACUUAUGUCCCAAGAGGAGGUCGAACAUGUGAUGGAAUCGUUGGUCUAUUUGAAAGCAGACCCCUACCUCAAGGAACCACAGGCAACUCCAUUGAUACCAUCCACCUACAACGGGAGCUCGAACGUGAUUGCACUCAUCGGACAGAAUCCGACACUUUUUGUCGUAUCGUGCGUGGCCACUGCCUUGUUCCUGGUGCUGUUGAUUGGCAUCUUCCUGGUCGCCCGGGGGAAGAGAAAACAUAUUACCGAACUAAAGAAAUUGGAGUCAACUCAAGCACUGGUGAUGCCAGGUAGUAGCGGUGGCGAUGAUCUGAAUACUGUAAAAUCUGAAAGUGGUAGUAGCCACCACUCACCGUAUGCCCGGGAUCCAUCGACUGUCAGUGUCAUUGGAUCCGUUCCAGCGGAGAAAUCUUCCCCUACUAUCCACUUCCCACUGCCUCCGAUGUCCCGACCGACGUCCUCGUCCAGUUACUCGUCCGACUCGUCAGUGUACUAUCCGAAGCGUAAGUUGAAGCAUCACACUCAAGAACUGCUGGAUGAGCGAGCAGUUACUCUGACCAAUAAGCUACAGAAGCAAUUUGGGUCGCUAGCAGUUGCUGAAAACGUCUACGCUUCGGUUCAGAAGCCCAAGAAGGAGCAUCCGCACAAGCGGCGUCGGAAAUAUAUCGGUGAAAAUCGGGUUGGUUCCUUCGAAGGAGCCAUGCUGCACGCUCCGGGAAGUCCAAUCACGACCACUACGACCAACAGUGCUAGUGGAUCCAGUGAGCAGUCGUACGAUACGCGACCUGCCAAGCUAACUCCACCAUUCGAACACAACGAAACGUUCAACACGGAUGUAAUUAUGAAACACUACCUGAAGAAGAAAACGGGACACUUCAAUGCGGGCUUCACGAUGGAUCAUGUCCCGAUCGAGGCAUUCAAUAAGGGCAAGAUCCGGUGCCUGGAGAAGUGUGGCCGGACUUCGGUGGAUACGGGCAGCAUCGGUUCGUAUCUCAGCAUGGCGUCGGUGAAGAGCUUUCCGAGAUGUUUUGUUCCAGAACCGCUGAGCCGGGUCCUGGAACCGGUGACGAUGACCCAUCUGGAUCAAUCGGAGAGCUACGCCGAUGGCGGUAAAUCCACUGCUCCUGGAACGGCUUCCACUAGUCAAUACAAUACCGAUACGGAGAUCCAGCUUUCGCGAACCCAAAGUGAUGGAGCAGAUCCGGGUGUCGUCGGGCCCGUCGUUUGGCAGAUGCACAAGAAGGAGAUGGAAGAAAUGACCAGUCCCAUACGGGAUCCGGUGGUCACUCGAAGCCGCUUUGAAGGCCUGCUGGAGGGAGCGAUCCAACUUUACUCGGACCCACCGGAGAAGGAGGAAGCCCACAAACACUCCAUCACUCUGCCCGGAGUGAUCAGGCCACCGGUGGAAAACCGUGGAAAAUCAGCAGCUGCCGUUGUAAGAUCACCUCCUCCCCGCAGGGAACCGACUACGUCCCGCGCGUGCUCGGCCACCGUUCGGCCCGUCACGGCGGCAGGCCAGGCCCGUAGUAGGCUGGAGAGUUCUGGACCACCUUCACCGGGUCGAGGAGCUUGGGGAAGUGGCGCCCAUUCCCCGCUGGUUAGACCCAUGAGUGCUGGUCCGUUCCAUACUCCCGCCACUCCGCAGAUCGAUAUUACGCGCGUAAUGGCCCCGAAGACGGUUCUCCAAUCGACGGAGCUAUCGACGGCUCCACUGCUGCAGAAUAUCAUGCAGGAACUGAAACGAUUCCGGAACGAGUGAAUCCCAAUCUUUCGUUUUCAAACCAGUAGAAGUAGUUUUCUUAGAUUAUUUCCAGGCCGAAAAGGGUUCAUCAAACGUGACACACUGCCAAUUUUGUGGUAGCUGGCAUUUAACUGCAUAUUCCUAUCGACGAUUUAUCCAUGGUAGAGACGCGGGUUUUCGUGUACUAGUGCUGUAGAAUAGUGUUCGCUGCAAUCUGUUUUUUUUUCUCGCUAGAUCAGUAAGGGAAAUUUUAAGCUAAGAACUUUUCGUCUACAUGAGUACAUUGGUGAGUAAGG